AUGCAGUCGGUGAAUAUCCACGAUGCUGCUUCUGUCAGUUCUGCAAUUGGAGCAUGCAACAAAUGGAAUGUUGAUGUUCCGAAUGGUUCAUUGCGGUCGAAACCGAAACGAUCAGAAGAUCUUCAGUUUGAUUUCGAUGAUACGCUGUCUAGCUUGAGAGGACAAAUGGUGGCAAGAGCAGAAGAAGAAGAAGCACUGAUUAGAAGCCUAGAUGAAAUGCUGCACAAGACUUCUAUUAGUGGAGCAGAACACACGGCUAAUUCAGAUAUUUCUUUACCAUUUAAUCUGGCGGUUACACGUCUCAAGAAUCAAAUGACGUUGGUUGAAUCUGAUACCAAACAGCUUGCUAAUAAACUGAAAAUGAUUUCUGGCCUAGCAGACAGCAUUUCAGGCAAGGUCUUGGCAUUAGAUAUAGCGAAAGGCCGGGUGGUCGAAUGCUUACAACGAGUCAGUGAUUUAAUGGAUUUGCGUACUUGUGCUGAUGGUGUACGUUCUGCAAUAGAACAAGAGGAUUAUGAAUUGGCUGCCAGACACAUCCAUAAAUUUUUGGCGCUGGAUACAAUAAUAUUUCAAAUGAGUGAUCAGGAAGAAGCGAAGGAUAUAGGCCAAUCAAUGGGGAAAAGUUACGAAAUCUUGCGCGAGGCAGCCAAUGAAAUGAAAUCAGUAAUCGAAAAACGCUUCGAUCAAGCUGUUGUAGAUAACGAUGUUGCUUCGAUUCAAAGAUUUUUUAAGUUAUUUCCACUGGUUAAUGAACACGUAAAAGGUAUCAAACGGAUUGGUGACUAUCUCUGUGCUGAGAUCCAUCAAUUUGCAGAACGGAAUUAUAAGGUAAUGCUGGCCGGUGGUACCGAUGAUAAGAGAAUAAGUGUGCUUUAUGCAGAUGCACUGACAAUGCUUUUUGAAGGAAUAGCUCGUGAGAUACAAGUGUAUGAACCACUGAUUAAUUCCUCAUAUGGUCCGGAUAAGUUGCUGUUAUUGAUUGAAAUACUCCAGAAGGAAUGCGACAAAGAAGCUGAACGAAUCAUUGAUGCAUUCAUCAAUAAUAGACAGUUUGAUAAUAAAGCAAAAAUGAUUGAGAAGAUAAGAAGAAACUCGGAUAAAUACGUAUUAGAUAAAAUCGAUGCCUUAGAAUUGGAUGUGCUUUUAUCCGAAGUGACGUUGAUGCAUACUAGGACCCACCUUUACUGGCGUUAUCUUAGGAGACGGUUGAAUGUGGCAAAUAUGAAAACUGAUCAGGAGCAGAAGGAAUUGGAUGAGAAUCAGAUGGAUGAUGAAAAUAAACGGCUUUUGGAAAAAGCUAGAUCAAAGCAGAAACAUGAAAGAAGUAACAAGUUGGAUGAUUUGGUUUUGCGGUCGGUUCUUGGGACAAGAAUGCAGGAAUUGUUGGGUCAGUAUGUUCUUAUGGAACAAUUUUAUAUGACAGAGUCUGUUGCAAAGGCAAUGACUAUGGAUUUAAAAGAGGUCGACAGCUUAACAAGCUGCAUGCUUGAUGAUGUAUUUUUCAUUAUUCGUAAAUGUGUAAGACGUUCUCUCAGUUCAUCAUCAGUGGAUUGCACAUGUGCUGUGUUAAAUAAUGGUGUGACUGCAUUAGAAGCAGAUUUUCUGAAAUAUAUAUUUCAGGGUAUUAAGAGUGGUUAUCCUGGCGCAGGUUGGACUGCUGAAGCAUAUCAAACGGCGCAAACAGCAUAUAACGUUAUACAACAUGGAAAAAUGGUUACAGAUUCUGGACCCGAGAAAUUGAAAGAAAUUUUCUUGAACGCCUUAAACAAUGUUCGUGCAUCCGCUGAAUGUACGAAAACACUGAAAAAAGGGUUGUUGGAAGAUUUUGAAAAGCACCUAACCGAGGUGAAUGAACAUGAGAAAGGCAAAUUGGAAAACGCAGUUAGCCAGCUGGAUGAUUUAGUGCGGAAAUUUGACAGUUCUGCGAAUGUUGGUGUUGAUAAAUUGUGCGCAGCUGUAUUUCGGCCUAAAUUGAAACCCGUCAUGGAGCUCUAUUUGAGUGUUACUCAUACCCCUUCUGAGAGUGAAUUCGCUGAUUUUGAAGCUGAGGAUCCAUUCAUGGAUAAUUUCAUCGCAACACUUGAUCGCCAGUUAGCAGCUUUUGAGCCGUUACUUAUCCCCGUCAAUUAUCAGGAAUUGCUGGUAGUUGUUUGUGCCGAAGUUUCUAUGCAGUUCGAGCGUGUGAUAAUGAAAAGCGUCUAUAAUCGACUUGGUGGCUUGCAACUUGACAAAGAUUUUCGUUCUUUGAGCUCAUACUUGACUAACGUUGCUGGUUGGGUCAUGCGUGAGAAAUGUGCGAGGUUAUCUCAGAUAGUGUCUAUAAUAAAUGUAGACAGUGUUGGGGAGGCAGAAGAGUGCUUCCAUCAGUUACAGCAUCAUAACCUUAUGCUAACAAGCGAUGAAGCGAUGAAAGUGCUCGUGUUGCGAAUCGAUUUGCCGUCCGAUGCCAUCAAAAAUGCUUCAUUUUGA